UUUGUCUUUCUAUCAUAGGCAGGUAAACAUCUUGAGAGCACCAACCUUGUCUUACAUGUUCAAAGCACGCCUAGAAGAUGUUCCUUAAAUAUCCACUGAAUGAAUGAAUGUAUCAUAGGUUUUCUAUAAUAACCAGAGGAUAGCAAGUGCAAAAAGCUGAGGUUGGUAGGAUAUUUAGCUACAUGAAGUCACUCAGAGAACAAAGCUGAUAGAGACUUUGCCAUUUUAUGAUGUCACUAUCUCCAUAUAUGGCUUCCAGGAGCAUUGAAUCAGGGGAAGAGAGUACAGAAAACUCAUACCUGCUCUUAAAUAAAUGCCCUAGACCAGAAGUGACUUGUAACACUUCCACAUGGAGUUUAUUGUUCAGAACUAGAGUUUAAUGGCCUCACUCUAGCUUAAAGAGAGGUUGGGAAAUGAAAGAGGAGCAUGCAUAGAAUGUUUGGAGAGUUUUCCUUUGUCUGCUGUAUACCUCUUGUUAAAGAUGAGAAAAUUGAGGAAAAGAGGGAUAAGAAAUCUGCUCAAUGUCAGAGAGCUGGUAACUGGUAAAAGCUAGACUCAAGCCCAGGCUGCCUGGCGCCAGAGCCUGUCUUCUUGUCCAUACCUUCAUGUUGCAGUUCCACAGGGGAGACCUACUGAGAUGCAGAGAGUGUGUCAAGGGCUUUUCCUCCUGUCUCCAUUCUUUUCUGAAAAGUGGCUACUACUUCUGCUUUAGUAACAGAGGUUUUUUGGUUGGUUGUUUGUUUUGUUUGUUUCUUUGUUUUUUUUUUUUUUGUUUGCUUGUUUUUUUUUUUUUUUUUUUUGUACUUUGAUGCUUUGGGUGUUUAAGGUUUAGCUUACCAUGGCCAGUCAACUAGCCCUGCCUCCUCACCUCUCCAGUGACUGGCCACAGAAAGCUAAACAUUAAACACCCAAACUAUCCUAGCUUGCCACACGGUCCUGUCAGGGAUGUCCUGGGUGUCUCCACAAAUCUUUAGCCAUGACUUUGAUCAGAAAUAAUUUCUUCCCAGAUUCAGUGAAAAUACUGAGAUCUCUCAUUCUCCACCAAUGCCCCCAAAAUGGCUCCAGUAGAAAAGUCGUAGUACAAGCCACUACCUAUGACUACCUUGGUUUAUCCAAUGCAAUAUCACUAUCAACCCUCCAUCUAAAUGCCUGAUGCAGGUGCUUUACAGGCUUGGUGUCACAUAAUCCUUUCAAUGAUCCCAUGCAACAAAUCUUAUUAACAAAUCCUGCUUCAUUUUACAAAUGACAAGACCAAGCUUUGAAAGGAAAAUGGUUCAACCAAGAGCUUUCUUGGGAGUGCCUGAGGUUGGACUUAAGCUCAAGACUUUGGGAUUCCAAAGACCCUGCAUUUUACCGGGACACCAAAUUGUUCCUCUGAGAAUCCCAAGUGAAUAAAAAGAGCCAACAUCGACUAUGCCCAGCACUGUGUGCUACAUGCUUUUCAUCAAUUAUUUCAUCUAGUUCUAACAAACAAAUGAAGAAGCAAAGAAAACACCCUGGGAGGUCCCCCUCCGCUGUGGCCAGAAGCCAAGUUCUGCUAGGUGCACAAUCCUGCGGAUCACCUGAUCAGAGAAGUGAACCUACAAAAGAGAGCUCAACCUCCUUUUCCAUACCUACAUGGGACCUAGCUCAGCUGUGUCCUAAACAGUACCAGGCAGGUGGUGACUUGAGAACUCUGUGCCCAGUUUCUGAGGACUGUUUCACCAUGCAGUGGCUGAUGAGGUUCCGGACCCUCUGGGGCAUCCACAAAUCCUUCCACAACAUCCACCCUGCCCCUUCGCAGCUGCGCUGCCGGUCUUUAUCAGAAGUUGGAGCUCCAAGAUGGAAUGACUAUGAAGUACUGGAGGAAUUUAACUUUGCAAGUUAUGUACUGGACUACUGGGCUCAAAUGGAGAAGGAGGGCAAGAGAGGUCCAAAUCCAGCCUUUUGGUGGGUGAAUGGCCAAGGGGAUGAAGUAAAGUGGAGCUUCAGAGAGAUGGGAGACCUAACCCGCCGCGUAGCCAGUGUCUUCACACAGACCUGUGGCCUGCAGCAGGGAGACCAUCUGGCCUUGAUUCUGCCUCGAGUGCCUGAGUGGUGGCUGGUGGCUGUGGGCUGCAUGCGAACAGGGAUCAUCUUCAUUCCUGCGACCAACCUGUUGAAGGCCAAAGACAUUAUCUAUUGACUACAGAUGUCUAAAGCCAAGGGCAUUGUGACCACAGAUACCCUUGCCUCAGAGGUGGACUCCAUAGCUUCUGAGUGCCCCUCUCUGAAAACCAAGCUCCUGGUGUCUGAUCACAGCUGUGAAGGGUGGCUGGACUUCCGAUCACUGGUUAAAUCAGCAUCCCAAGAACACACCUGUGUUAAGUCAAAGACCUUGGACCCAAUGGUCAUCUUCUUCACCAGUGGGACCACAGGCUUCCCCAAGAUGGCAAAACACUCCCAUGGGUUGGCCUUACAACCCUCCUUCCCAGGAAGGAGGAAAUUAUGGAGCCUGAAGACAUCUGAUGUCUCCUGGUGCCUGUCAGACUCAGGAUGGAUGCUGGCUACCAUGGGGAACCUGGUAGAACCAUGGACAGCGGGAUGUACAGUCUUUAUCCACCAUCUGCCACAGUUUGACACCAAGGUCAUUGUACAGACAUUGUUGAAAUACCCCAUCAACCACUUUGUCGUGGUACCACCUGUAUUUCGAAUGAUUCUGCAGCAGGAUUUCACCAGUAUCAGGUUCCCUGCCCUGGAGCAUUGCUGUACUGGCAGGGAGGUCGUGUUGCCUGGGGAUCAGGAGGAGUGGAAAAGAAGGACGGGCCUUCUGCUCUAUGAGAACUAUGGUCAGUCAGAAACGGGAGCAAUUUGUGCCACCUUCCCGGGAAUGAAGUUCAAGCCGGGUUUCAUGGGGAAGGCCGCUGCACCCUACGACGUCCAGGUCAUUGAUGACAAGGGCAGCAUCCUGCCACCCAACACAGAAGGAAACAUUGGCAUCAGAAUCAAGCCUGUCAGGCCUGUAAGCCUCUUCAAGUGCUAUGAGGGUGACCCAGAGAAGACAGCUGAAGUGGAAUGCGGGGACUUCUACAACACUGGGGACAGAGGAAAGAUGGAUGAAGAGGGCUACAUUUGUUUCCUGGGGAGGAGUGAUGACAUCAUUAAUGCCUCUGGGUAUCGCAUCGGGCCUGCAGAGGUUGAAAGCGCUUUGGUGGAGCACCCAGCGGUGGCGGAGUCAGCUGUGGUGGGCAGCCCAGACCCGAUUCGAGGGGAGGUGGUGAAGGCCUUUAUUGUCCUGACCCCACAGUUCCUGUCCCAUGACAAGGAUCAGCUGAUCAAGGAACUGCAGCAGCAUGUCAAGUCAGUGACAGCCCCAUACAAGUACCCAAGGAAGGUGGAGUUUGUCUCAGAGCUGCCAAAAACCAUCACUGGCAAGAUUAAAUGGAAUGAACUUCGGAAAAAGGAGAUUGGUCAGAUGUAAUCGGCAGUGAACUCAGAACCCACUGCGCACCUGAGGCAAAUCCCUGGCCACUCUAGUCUCCCCACUACGGUGAAGAUGAGGGUGGGGCAUUGAGAGUGUUGAUUUGGGAAAGUAUCAGGAGUGCCACGAUUCCAACGUUUUUGUUCUUUUAAAUUAAAUUCAGUUACUCUGCUCCUCCAAGUCCUCUAUAUCUUUAGGAUUUCCCAGGUGAGCACUCAGAUUGCAAGUAAUAAAAUACUGAUAUCAAC